AUGGGUCAAGAUAUGUCAAUUAGUGGCAUCCGCAAGUCAUUGAGAAGAAAUGGUCUUAAAUCUCGAAGAAACGCAAAGAUCAAUUUUGUUAGCAGGACAAACAAGCGGCUUCGAUUGGCGUGGGCUAAAAAGCAUAGGCAUCUUACUAUUGCUGUUUGGCGUUGUUCAGUGUUUCCGGAUGAAACAAAAGUAAACAUUUGGGGCUUAGAUGGUAAUUCGUUUUACUGGACGAAUGGUGGCCGAAUCAUGCAGCCGUAUCAAGUCAAGUCUCAGAUGCAGGGAAAUAACAAUAGAGUCAUGUUCUGGAGUUGCAUAACAGCGGAGGGACUAGGUUAUGGUACUACCAUUAUCGAAGGCUCAAUAAACUCGGGCUUGUAUGUCGAUAUUCUGAAGACAUCAUUGGACGACACUCUUGAGCACUUUGGGAAGACACUUUCUGAUGUGCGAUUUCAACAAGACAAAGCAACACCACAUAUCUCGAACAUUACUAAGCGAUGGUUCACCGACAAUGGUUCAACCUAG